CUUGAAUCGUUUUUUAUCAGUUACGAAUUAUUUCUACAUGUAGUGCAAUAUGCCUCAAAAUACGCUCAAUGUUGAUAGUGUUAUUAAGAAAUUGACUGGACCAGAAGUCCACAAUGGGAAAAAGACGAAAAUGAUCAACCUGCCAGAAUCAGACAUAAAAGCAUUGUGCCAAAAGGCCAUACAAAUAUUCCACUCGCAACCGAUGCUUCUGGAACUGGAAGCUCCAAUCAAAGUAGCAGGUGACAUACACGGUCAAUUCGGCGACCUCCUUAAACUUUUCCAAUUCGGAGGCUUUCCGCCGGACGCCAACUACCUAUUUUUGGGCGACUACGUGGAUCGGGGCAAGCAAAGCCUGGAAACAAUGUGCCUGCUGUUGGCCUACAAAAUCAAGUACCCGGAAAACUUUUUUUUGCUCAGAGGCAACCACGAGUCGGCGCAAGUGUGCAAGAUUUACGGAUUCUUUGACGAAUGCAAAAGAAGAUACAGUACCAAGUUGUUCAAAAUAUUCACAGAUGUUUUCAAUGUGCUACCGGUAGCAGCCAUAAUCGAUGACAAAAUAUUUUGCUGUCACGGUGGCUUGAGUCCUGAUCUGUUGCAUAUAGGGCAAAUUAGGAGUAUACAAAGACCAUGCGAUGUUCCAAUAGAAGGAUUACUUUGUGAUUUAUUAUGGUCAGAUCCGAGUCCAGACAUGGGAUGGACAGAGAACGACAGAGGAGUCUCGUUUGCCUUUGGUCCUGACGUGGUCAACAAAUUUUUGCAAAAACACGAUUUUGAUUUGAUUUGUAGAGGCCAUCAGGUUGUAGAAGACGGUUACGAGUUUUUCGCUCAAAGAAAACUGAUAACGAUAUUUUCCGCUCCGAAUUACUGCGGUACUUUCGACAAUGCCGGUGCCUUAAUGUCCAUCAAUGAGGAUCUUUUGUGUUCAUUCCAGUUUCUAAGUGAUAGCGGUAUGAUAUCUAAGAAAACUGUUGUGGUACCUAACGAGGCCAAAAAAGAACAUCUUUUAAUGGUGCACAAGAAAAAAUACUUAAAAAGCCUACAAUGUAGUUUCAAAGUGGCCAGAAUUGCUGAAGUGGCCCCGUUAAUUCUAGUGCCAAAUUGUUUCAUACAAAAAGCCUAUUUAAGACCAAUGAGGUUCCAAACUGGUGGAUCGGUUUUGGCAGGCAAAUUAGCUCUGGAUAGAGGUUGGUCCAUCAAUAUAGGAGGAGGUUUUCAUCAUUGCUCGGCCUCCAAAGGUGGAGGAUUUUGUGUUUAUGCCGACAUCAGUUUACUGAUACAUUUUUUGUUUUAUCAUUUUCCAAAACAGGUUCAAAAAGUCAUGAUAGUAGAUUUGGACGCCCAUCAAGGCAACGGUUAUGAAACUGACUUCAAAGACAAUGACAGCGUUUAUAUAAUGGACGUUUACAAUAAGUGGAUUUAUCCGAAAGAUGCCAGUGCCAAAGAGGCCAUUAGGAAAAACGUCCCAAUUGAUUUUUACACUGAUGACGAAAAUUAUUUGAGCAUUGUUAAAAAGUAUAGAAAUUUCAUUGAUGCUUUGAAGGAAUUUUCUCCAGAUUUAUUAGUGUAUAAUGCCGGAACAGAUGUUUUGGUUGGUGAUCGAUUAGGCGGACUAUCAUUAACUGAACAGGGCAUCAUAGUAAGAGACGAGUUCGUAUUCCAGCAAGCCAUUUCCAGGAAAAUUCCAAUAGUGAUGCUUACUAGUGGCGGUUACCAAAAGAAAACAGCCAGGAUUAUUGCGAAUUCGAUUUUGAACUUGUACGAAUUGGGCCUGAUUCACAAUUCGCAAGAGUAUUAUUUUUAAAUUGUGUAUACUUAUAGAAGGGCAAUUUUACAUCAGGGUCAUACUUUCUCAAUGCUCAAUUCCACUUUCUCUUAGUUAGAAAUUCUUCAAAAUGUAAUUAUUUUCUAUGUUCAAAUUAAAAUUCGAGCAAUUAUUGUACUCCCCAUAUCAAAGUUAACAAUCUAUACGUUCAAAGAUUUAAAAAAAGUGCUUCUAGACAAUAUAGUGGGGUGAGGUAGCUGAAAAUUAUGCCAGAAUAUUUCACCAAUGAGCCCCUUUGGGUUCAAAUAGUACAUGGGACAUGGGUACAAAUUUUUUUGCUUUAUUACCGCUUAAUUUCUGGAACAAGAUUCUACAUUUCCCUAUAUAACUCAAGUUUGUAUUUUGAUAUUAACUCAUUAGGGAAUAAUAAUCAGGAGAAAACGCACUUUCCAACAGAAUAUUACACAUCAUCAUUUAGGUACAGGGUGUUUUAUAUAUAUUUUAUGCCACCUUGUUGUUGUCUCUCUCCGCUUCGUGACGGGAGGCAGACCACAUCUCGCUCUAAAAUCUAAUACUUUUUUCCCUUGUAUAAUGAAUAACUAUUAUUGAUUGGUGUUAAAGUUGCUCAAUAUAUUGGGAUAUAGAAUAUCAUCCAUAACUCUUUGAAAUGUAGCCGGCGCGUUGAUCAAACCAAAGGGCAUGCGCAAGAACUUAUAAUGCCCGUUGUCUGCGCUAAAUGCGGUUUUUUCGAUGUCGUUGUAUAGAUCUGGUGGAAGCUGUUAGCUAAGUCUAAGGCAGUGAAAUACUGGUAACGUCCCAGCUUCUUCAAGAGAUCCGUUAUAUUGGGUAAUGGGUAUCUGUCAAACUGUUUGUCAAAGUGGUUAUAGCAAAAACAACAAAAACAUAAAACACACAAGUUUGGUAUAAAAAUAAAUAGUUAGGAAUGUUAGGAUCAGGAAAUUAAUAUUUUUGUACCUACUUACCAUAGCCACUACAUACAAUGCCAAAAUCAAUAUGGGGGCUCCGCCCCCAUAGCAAAUUUUUUACGGGGGCUCAAGCUCCCAUUGCCCCCAUGAUUCCGGCGCCUAUGUGUUCAAGUACAGGGUGUUUUUUUUUAUAUAUUGACACCCCACCUACAGCCUUUACCUCUACAGGUAGAUGAAAGGUUUAAAUACAAAAGUUGUACAGUAUUGGCUGAAUUUUUAGAAACCAUGGUCAGAAACAAAAAUUGAAUGUCAGAAAUGUGAAAUGUUGCAUGCUUUCAGCUUUUUUCAAAUGGGAUGGGAUGCGCUAUAUUUGGUUCUAUAUUCUUGAAGAGCACAAUUUCCCGAUUCCAAAACUAUAUGGUUUGUCUAUAUUUGGUUGAGCCGUCUC